AUGGCGAUGGCGAUGGAGUACGAGGAGUACGCCGCGACGAGCUCCAGCAAGCAUCACGGAUGGAAGCUGGAGGUGUCGCGCGCGCACAAGGAGCGACGCGACAUGGACGAUCUCGAGGUGAUGAACGCAGCGCGCGCGUCGCGUCCUCGGAAGAGAAAACGCAUCCGUCCGUCCGUCGAUCGCGAGAUCCGACGCCGCCGUCUGUCCGCGGCGACCUCACCGCCUCGCUCUCACUCCCUCCCUCCCCUCCCUCAGGAGCGCCUCGCGCGCGUCUACGCGAAGAUCGACGUCGGGGACACCGUAGCGGACCUCACUUCCCCCGGCGCGGUCGCGCGCCUCAGGCGCGUUCGUUGCAAGCAUUCACACACAGAGAUGGAUCGACUCGGGAUCGGCCCGCGCGCGUCGACGCGGUACCUGACGUACCCGGAGCGCGCCGAGCGCCACUACGACGACGACGACGACGACGACGACGACGACUACCACGACGACCGCGUCGCGCCGCCGCCACGCGACGACGACGGCGAAAGAGCGCUCGUCGGCGUCGCCGCCGCGAGAAAGAGGACGGAGGACGUCAUCGCCGCGACGCCGCUCGUGACGCCGUCGGACGCCGUCGGACGCGUCGGACGCGUGUCGGACAGUGUGUGUCGGACGAAGACGUCCGCCGCGCGCGCGCCGCCGCCGCCGCCGCUCCCCUCGACCGCCGCGCGCGGCGCGGUCGCGGUCGCGAUCGCGGCAGCGCCGACCGGCGGUCUGACGAGUCGCCGAAGCCGGACCGGAGACGAAGAAGGCGCGAUGACGACGACGUCGACGCGACCGCCGCGUCGGAUCCUCUACGACGCCUCCGUGGGCGUGGAGCCGCGCCGGGGGAGGACGGACGCGGAGAAAGAGGCGCACAUGCUCGACGCGGACGGCGAGAUGCCCAAGUCCGCGUACAGAGAUUUAGAAGCGCUGGACUGA